CCGGCAGGGCGGUGGCACAAGGCGGUGACGAAGGGCGCGCAAAACUUCGAACGACAUCCCCCACCAAGGAAUCGAUAUUGUUUUUGUUUUUUGGACAACACCGACGUAGUAACGCCCCGUUUGUGAAGUCUGGAGAGAAUUAUUAUUUCCCUACGACGUAAUUGCUAUACUGCCCAGGAUCCAUCCUAAGCCUGUCUUAACCAUCAUGGGUGACCAGCCUCCUGCCAAGAAGAAAUGCCUUGGGGAAGACUGUCCGAACGAUGCCGGGACACUGCAGUGCCCGACCUGCCUGAAAAUUGGCCUUAAAGACAGCUUCUUCUGCACUCAAGAUUGCUUUAAGAAGAAUUGGCGCACUCACAAAGCCAUACACGAAAUAGCAAGCGGUAACGCGAAUACCCCCAAACCCGACCCGUUGACGGGAUACUUCAACCCGUUCCCCAAGUUUUCCUUCACUGGGCCUCUCCGACCAGCAUAUCCUCUCUCCCCGAGGCGAAAGGUGCCCAGCUCGAUACCCCACCCCGACUACGCCGUCGAUGGCAUACCCAAAUCCGGACGGUCCCUCGCCCGUUCGAACAAGAUCGAACAGCUCGAUGCGACGGCCCAGGAUAAGAUGCGGAAGGUGGGGAGGUUGGCAAGAGAGGUGCUGGAUAUCGCAGCCGCCGCGCUGAGGCCAGGGAUCACAACAGACGAGAUCGACGAGAUCGUCCACAAGGCGUGUGUGGAGCGGAAUUCCUACCCUUCUCCCCUCAACUACAACUACUUCCCAAAGUCGGUUUGCACCUCGGUCAACGAAAUCAUCUGCCACGGCAUCCCCGACAAGCGGGCUCUCGUCGACGGAGACAUCAUCAACCUCGACGUGACCCUCUACCACGACGGCUACCACGGCGACCUGAACGAGACCUACUACGUCGGCGACAAGGCCAAGGCGGACCCGGACACGGUCCGCGUCGUCGAGGCGGCGCGCGAGUGCCUGGACGAGGCCAUCAAGAUGGUCAAGCCGGGGACGCUGUUCCGGGAUUUCGGCAACGCCAUCGAGAAGCACGCAAAGUCCAAGGGCUGCAGCGUCAUCCGGACGUACGUCGGCCACGGCAUCAACUCGGUCUUCCACUGCCCGCCCAACAUCCCUCAUUAUGCCAAGAACAAGGCCGUCGGCGAGUGCAAGCCCGGCAUGACCUUCACCAUCGAGCCCAUGAUCGCGCUUGGAAAGUACCGCGAUGUCACCUGGCCCGAUAACUGGACGAGCGCGACAAUCGACGGGAAGCGGACUGCUCAGUUUGAACAUACCCUGCUGGUCACUGAGACGGGCGUGGAGAUCCUAACGGCGAGGCAAGAAAACAGCCCCGGGGGGCCGGUGCAGAUACCUGCGGUCGAGAAUGGGACUAAAUAAGACGGGGGUGCUGGCGAAUCGGAUUGGAUGAGGGAUUGGCUAGGUCGUGCACUUACGUGGUGACCCGGGAAUUAUCCCUUCGGGCCGUUAGUACGAG